GCCAAGGACACUGCAAUUUCCAAAGAAAAUGGAAGUGUAAAAGUUGAACCACCUAAAGAUGAGGAUAAGACAUCAUCCACUACACAGGAAACUUGCACCCCUAACCUGGCAAGGGCUCCUCAAAAGGGUGACCUGUCACAGACUGAUCUCAAGAAACAACAGACAGCCAAAAAGAUUGCUAGUAUGGUCAGAAACCCAUCAGCCCUGAAAUCACAAAAGUCACAAAAUCGGUCACAGUUAUCACAAGCUAAAGGCACUAAACCAGCUAGUAUGAGAAGAGAAACAAAUUUGAAAAACACUGUGGCAACUCCUAAUUUUGCUCAAGAAAACCAACCCAUUAAAAGGCAAAAGUUGGAAGGAGGGAAUGCCAGACAGAUUCUUAGUAUCAAAACUCAAAUUUUGGCCCACAAAUCAAGACUUGGUCUUAUCAACAGCAGCAGUUACAAUUUGUGCUCUUCAACUGCGAAAACUCGUAAAGAGGACAGAAAGGUUUAUGUUCGGGAACCAGCAGUCCCAUUUGUUUCAAUGGCAGAAAUGAUGAAGAAGUUUCAAUCUAACACAAGAGAGAUGUCUAUACCUCACAUGAACGGUUCUCUUUCGCAUGAUGCUGCAGCUUCAAUAGUGCAGAGGAAGCCCAGACUUACAUUGACGAGGCCCAAGGAACCUGAAUUUGAAACGGCUCAGCGGGUUCGCUCAGUCAGGGCCAAGAGCUCUGCUGAACUUGAGGAAGAGAUGAUGGCUAAAAUUCCGAAGUUUAAGGCUAGGCCAGUAAACAAGAAGAUUCUGGAAGCUCCAAGCUUGCCAGCACUACCAAGAAGUACACCCCAUCUACCCGAAUUUCAGGAAUUCCAUUUGGAAACGAUGGAAAGGGCCAAUCAAAAUGCAGAAACAUCAACUAUAGCCUCAACAGAAUCUGCUUGGCAGAAUCAUCAGUGGAAACCAGCUCAUCUUACAGCACCCAAGUCGCCCCUUCUUCAAACAUCUCUGAGGGCACGGCCUCCAAGGAUUAAAACUUCUGAAGAACUGGAAAGGGAAGAACUUGAAAAAGUUCCAAAGUUCAAAGCAAGGCCUUUGAAUAAGAAGAUAUUUGAAAGUAAAGGAGAGUUGGGGAUGUUUUGUAACACAAAGCAGCAUGUCACUAUUCCUCAGGAGUUUCACUUUGCUAUUGAUGAAAGGAUUCCACCACCAGUAACAGUUGCUGAUCUUUUUGACAAGCUUUCAUUGAAUUCAGAAGCUCACCACUACAAACAAAUUCUGAGGAACACUACACCAAAUCCAUUCCAUCUCCACACAGAGGAAAGAGGAGCAGAGAAAGAGAGGAAAUUUGUGAUGGAAGUCAUGCAGAAACAGUUGGAAGAUGAGAGAGCCAGGAUUCCGAAGGCUACCCCAUAUCCUUAUACUACUGAUUAUCCUGUGAUUCCACCAAAACCAGAGCCAAAGCAUUGCACAAAACCAGAACCAUUCCAAUUGGAGAGUCUGACAAGGCAUGAAGAAGAAAUGCUAAGGGAAAUGGAAGAGAGGAGGAGAAUGGAAGAGGAAGAAGCUCAGAUGAGGAUAUUUAAGGCACAACCAGUAUUGAAAGAAGACCCAAUUCCAGUUCCUGAGAAAGUACGCAAACCGCUGACAGAGGUUCAAGAAUUCAAUCUACAUGUAGAACAUCGAGCUGUGGAUAGAUCAGAAUUUGAUAAAAAGAUUAAGGAGAAGGAGAUGAUGUAUAAGAGAUACAGAGACGAGGCAGAGUCUGCAAAACUGAUGGAGGAAGAGAAGGCCUUGAAGCAGUUAAGGAGGACAUUGGUGCCUCAUGCAAGACCAGUGCCUAACUUCGGUCGUCCUUUCUUACCACAAAGGUCUUCCAAGGAAAUCACAAAACCAAAGUCCCCAAAACUGAAUGUCAACCGAAGAAAAGAAAGACGAAAAUUUGUCAGUGCCCUGGCAGCCGCUUCAAGUGCCUCCUCUCAUAUGAGGUGAUUGUUGCUGUGUUGCUUUCUUGAUGAGACUGGUGGGCUGUUCAACAACUCUUGAACCCAUUAGUUUUAGUGCUGACAAAGUUCUAAUACUCUGAUUUGUGUUGUCAUCAUUAUUAUUAAAAUCAUUUUGUUGAUGCUAAACUGAAUAUACUCAAAAACCCAUUCUUUCUUGUAAAGUGAAUUCAUUUAAUCUUUUGGUUCUUUUCA